CUGUAAACCAGUAAAUCCCAAAACAUGCCGGUGUGCAUUAAAGUAAAAAAAAAUAAAUAAAUUAAUUAAAAAAAUGCAUUGUUUAUUGUUAAAAGCACAAAAAACUACAUAAACCAUGCAGCAAAACAAGGUACUACCUUCCGCCUUCUCGUUUCUCAUUGGUUGUUUGUAUUUCCAUCCUGACCAAUCACGUGUACUAGUGAGACACAACCAGGAAGUAAGAAGCGGAAUUGAAGUUUGAAGAGCUCCAGCAUAGAAUAUUUGCGCUAAAAUAAUAGUAUAAACGUUGACAUACACAAGGAACGUGGAGUUCUGUUUUCUUGUCUCGCCACUGGCCUGUAGCUAUUUUUAAUUUUCUACUUUUCAAAGGUUUCCCGGUGUCUCCAGUUGAGCUGCAUCGCUAACGGCAUGGAGUUAAAAGGAGUAGAGAAGUGCUGCUGUGUUGUGAAGUUGUCAAAGGCAUUUUCUGCAAAGAAAGCAUCGAGUUGCAGCGGGGUUAUCGUCCAUCCUCAAACUGGGACAAUAAUAUGUGCCGGUCUCCCGUUUUCACGUUUUAUUACCGACAGAGAGCCCCGCUGCUCGGACAACGGCUUCCUGUCACCGCGCAGCUUCAGUGACAAACUUAAAAUCCGCGUCAGCUUUUCUCCUCAGUCGGACUUGGAGAUCUGCCAAAACGCGCAGGGAGAAUUAUUCACACGAAACCGAACCAAAACAACACGGCAACUGGAAGUUGCCGCCGAGUUGUUGAUGCUGGUAGACUGUGUGGAGUUUAAAGAGACUUUCCAGGAAGUUUUCCGAGAGGCUGACCAGUGGCGUUUCCAUGGCGAUGAGGAGGAUAAGGAACUGAUCAGAGAUGCCCAGUUCCUCAGCUGGUUCGCCGUACUCAAGGCAACACCUGCGGCUGACAGCUGCUCAGACUCGGGGACCAUCCCCUGGCAGAGCGGCUCAUCUCUUCAGAAAGGCAGCCCAGUUGUUGCAUGUGGUUCGCCCUUUGGCUCCCUCUGCUUAGAUCUCUUUUACAGCACCCUCAGCAGGGGCAUCAUUAGUAACUUGGCUGGAGAGGACAACGCUGUCAUCCUCACAGAUGCCCGAUGCCUGCCGGGCACAGAGGGCGGAGGGUUGUUCGAGGUGAAAGGCGCAGACGACCUGCGUCUCAUUGGGCUGAUCGUGUCUCCGUUUGGCUGGAAGGCCAAUGAGUGGAUCGGCCUCACUCUCGUCUGCUCCAUCCACUCCAUCUUCAGGAGUGUCAUGUGCUGCACGAGCGCUCAAGAUCCGUCCCGAGAUGUUUGGCUCCAUCCGGGAGAGACGGGCCUCCGCAUGUCCACCACAGCUCACGAGUCAACAGCUGUUAAAUACCCAACUGUGUGCUAUGUGGACAGUGGACAUUUUUGGGGCUCAGGGGUUGUUGUCACCUCUCAGCUGGUCGUGACGUGCCGGCACGUGGUCUACAGGAAAUCCAGAGUCACCCUGAAGUUUUAUCACAGGGACAGAGUCCGCAAUGUCGUAGGAGAUGUCCUGUUUUCCACAAAAGCGUCUUCACCCUAUGACUUGGCCUUGGUACAGCUUAGAGACUCCAUCCCAGAUGCUGUGGUUCCCCGAAUGUCACAGAGUUUCAGUCUAGGGGAUCCUGUAGUUGUGGUGGGAUACGGUGGGUUGGGUUGGAGCUGUGGUCCAUCUCUUACCUGCGGCGUCGUCUCCAAAGCCAUCAGCUUGAACAACCAGCCGGUCAUGCUCCAGACCACAUGUGCGGUGCAAGCAGGAGCCAGCGGAGGUGCUGUGGUGCAGAAACACUCAGGAGAGCUGCUGGGUAUUGUGUCCAGCAACACAAGAGACUUGGCUACCAAAGUCACCUACCCGCACCUCAACUUUAGCAUCCCCGUGACCGUCUUCCAGGGAUUGUUGCAGCGCUUUGAACAGACGAGGGAUGUGAACAUUUUCCAGGUGCUGGACUCCGCAGAAAAAGAAGUCAGACAGGUGUGGAGGCUACAAGGUGCUCAAAGCAAGCUAUAACUGACAACCCUGCAUUUUGAUACAUGCUAGAGAAAAAAAAAUUAUGAUGUGCAAACUCAUAUUAGAUAAUCAAGUUGACAUCAUGUGCAUUAUUUUAAAAGAAAAUCGUUAUUUCCUAUUCUAUAACUUAAUAUAGACUUUGUGAUAAUAAAUUUACAUGUCUGAAGGAGCUAAUGUUAAUAGAAAAAUACUUAAAUGACUACUUUAACAGUUACAUUGUUUAUUUAUUUGUACUGUAAUUAAUUAAAUAAAAGUUUAUUGAGGUAACACUUAGUGUAUGCCAGGUGUAUGUACAGUUUUAAAAAACAGUUUUAAAAGUAUCCACACUCUGAGCUACACGACUGAAUGAAAUGAAUGAAUUAUUAAUUAUCCUUAUGUCUUCACCAUGUAAAGUCAUAUUUCACAUCACACACCUGAUCUUUGGUUAUUUCACAUUUACAGCAUCAAAAAAAAACACAUUUUCUGGAAGCAUGUGUCAUGAUUUACUCCUGGUACUGGCACACAUGAUUUGUUUUUACCAAGCUGGAGGAAUAUUCAGCAUAAUAAGCUGACAGGCUGCUGAAUAUGAUUGGUCCCUUUGGGCAGCCGGGGAGCUGCUGUUGGUAUCAGGUAUUCAGGCAUCUGUUGGCAGGCAUACCCACUCACGGCUAACACAUUUGAGGUUUCACCCACUGGGACAUUACUGGUAGUGAUUUCCAUUAUCACAGAAAUGUGAAACUGAGAAAUGACAUUUCAGAGGAUUGGUUACUGUCAAUUUUUACAAUGCGAAGACAAGCUUUCUUAGCCUGAGCUCCCGAGGAUGUGCCUACACUGUAACAUGCUCAAAGGUUUCCAUUUCACCGUUCCCAGACUGAAUAGUUCACAGCGGAGAGGCUUGAGCAAUGUCCCGAGGAGGCUGAAGAAAAAGCUUUCUAUAGGCUUUGUGCUGUUAGAAGUGCUGAUAUGCAGACGUGGCUCUAUAUCUUAUUUCUGCUGGUUUCCCAUAGCUAUACUUCACUGCAGUAUAGUGUAAGGCAGGAGGAGAGGUGAGCUGACGAUAGAGAAUGGGUCGCACAGAGAGGCGAUGGUAGAUUUAAACAGUGUUUUAAAUGUUAUAGUGUAGAAAAGUGCGAUCUGAUUCCUUUUUCCUAAUUCAUCCUGGGGGAACCUGAUUUCUCCAAUUACAAGUAAGCACCUGGUUGUUCCAGUCACUAGUCACAGACUUUCCUAAUAAACCACCCAAUUCCCCGCCAGUCUUUCAGUACUGAAGAAGCCACUUGUAUAAGUUGAAAAAGGUCUUCAAGAAAGUCCAGCCUACCCUUUGUUUCGUUUGAGCUUUGUUUUUUUACGGAUGUAUCAUGACCCAGAUGAACUGCACAAACAAUCCCAGAAAAAAAGGAAGGGGGCUGUGAUGCAGUGAUGAUGGAAGAGGUGGUAAUAACGCAUAAUAUUUGACUGUUCGGUGCAGGUCACAAACGAGUCCGUCUCAAACUGUCGCGACCGUGUUUACUUCUUUCCCUUCAGAGCAUAACGGUUGACUGUCAGACUUCAUCAGGGCUGUGUGCUGCUGCGUGGAAAAAUGUGAUGUGAAAUCUAGCAUUUCUCACCGGAUUUGACUUUGCAUUUCACCUCGGUGGAGAAAGUAACCAGUUUAGCCAUCCUUUAACUUUCCUUUGAGCCUUCGUCAGGUCAAAAUUGCUGCUGCUGCUGUUCUUUUGUGUUCAGUAACAAUUAGCCACUGGCUGCUAAGAUGAAAGGGAACACCAGAAAGAGCUCGGACUCAGAUGUACGGUGGCCAGCUGGGCCACAUAGACCAGUUUAUUUUCUUCAACUUUUUUUUAUUAAACACAAUAAUUGAUUCACAUUAUGAUGCGAUGCACACUUGCCAGCUAAGCAGUACACUCUGCUAGUUGUUCAAGGCAUGGGUUACGGGACUAAUAGGCGACAUUCUGUCUUCUGAUACACACAUUAUAUACAAGCUAAAGAGUGACGCGUGAGAACCGUUGUCUUAAUAAGUCAUGGAUGGGACAGAGCACUACUGUCACAUACGAGCCGAAGCGUAUGAAAUGAAAAUGGUGAGGUGAAAGGGUGCUUUUCAAUAUUCUGCCGUGACUUCUUUUCUAUAAUCUGUUUUCGGUCUAAAAAGCCAAAAGUGGUUACUGGCUAAAUGCUGUCAAUCUGCAAGCACAAUAGAUGAAAAAGAGCCAAUUUGGACUAUUGAAAUGCACCCAGUCUUGCUUCAUUUUUUUUUUUUUAAUGCAAGCCCAUGACAAGCAC